CGUAAGAGGAAUUUGCUGUAUCUUCCAAGCGGCAACCUCCAGGGUUAAAAUAUGAAGCCCGUGCAGAAGUGCUAAAAACUGAAGCUGAUGACGCCUGCAGCACUGUGCACCAUCGCACCACGAGUCAAACGCCGGUACCAUUUUUAUUACGAACACAAGAACAGGGAUGAGGCUCUGACCUUCUGCAGAGAGAAGCACACAGACCUGGCUACAAUCACCACCAUGGACGACAUGAACACUCUGAGGGGCAUGGCGGACCUGGGCAAGAUGGUGCACUGGGAUUUCAGCUUUAGAGCCUGGAUUGGGCUGUACGAUGACGUGGAGAGCUGGAGGUGGUCGCUGUCAGACCCCAGUUUCUACGACCCCGGAGAGGCCGGGUUCACACGGUGGUCCGCUGCAGAUAGAGUCAACAGCAGAAAACUCUGCACGACCAUGAAUAUGCACGGAGGAUGGGACGUUGCCAGCUGCACAGAAAGAUUCAAAUCAGUCUGCUGCAAUGUCACAGGUCCUAAUGUGACAUUCGAUCUCAUCCCCACCGACAUGACAUGGACCGAGGCCCAGAGCUACUGCAGAGAACACUACACAGACCUGGCCAGUGUGAGGAACAUGGCAGAGAACCAGAAGAUACAGAGCCUGGUGCCUUUUCUACAAAAAGCCUGGAUCGGCUUCUCCAGAGAGUCCUGGAAGUGGGCGGAUGGGAGUAACUCCUCAAUGAGGAACUGGAACCCCGGGCUUUCAGAACCCAACAACUUAUUUUCGAAGGAGUCUUGUGUGUCAGCGGACUUUGGCAAUUUUGGAAAAUGGGAGGACUGGCCCUGCGGAUACAAGAGAGCAUUCGUCUGCCACACUGCAGGGAUAUCAAAGCAAGUGUUCAGACUGAGUGUGCAGAAGAAGGACCCCUCUCUGGACCUCAACGAUCCUGCUGUGACGGACGACAUCUUAGAGCAGAUCAAACAGAAGCUGAAGGACGGGGGUCUGGAUGAAAACAUCAAACUGAGCUGGAGGAAGCAGCCGGGUGGAAACGUCUUCCAGAAGCUGAAGACCGAGGAGGAGGAGGAGAAGAAGAAGGAUGAGGACGACCUUGAAUGUCGUCAAGAGGACAAAAUGUUGUUCUUUCUUUAACAUCCUGGUGUUAGGGGUUGAGUUAGAGCUUCAAUAAGUGAAGUUAGAACAGUUUGUUGUUAUUGAAUCUCUUUAGUCAGUUUCUAAUGUAAUAAACUGUGUUGAGUUAUCUCUUGGCUUGUAGGACGAUGUAACAGGAGUCUGACUUUUCCUUACCUUUAGAGAUAGUUGAGAUGAAGUGUGUGUGUGUGUGUGUGUGUGUGUGUGUGUGUGUGUGUGUGUAGCAUCAGUCUCUGUGGCUGAUUCAG